AUGGAACAAGAAGCACGGAACCCCGGUGUAACCGCACCGGGCGAAGUUCGUGAAUUAAGACAGGUGAUUACGCAGCUUGUUCAAGAAAUGAGGACACUGUCGCAGCGCAAUCCGAAUCCAGCCGCACCGCUUGAUAUACCCGAUUUGGUUGACGAGAACCCUGGAGCCGAAAUCAUUGAAGGGGUACCAAUUCCUAUUCCUGGACCCGUUGAUCUCGAUCCCAUAACUACUGUUAUCUCGGCCCGGUUAGAGGAACAAGCUAGACAAAGGUUUGCUGAGCUCGAACCGGAAUUCAAAAACAAGCGCGAUUGUGAAGCAAUUGGGGAUUUGUCUCGGUUUGCCAGAAUCGAAUUUCCAGAGAAGUUCAAAGUACCCGACUUCGCAAAAUAUGCUGGGACAGGCGAUCCUAGAGCACACCUUAAGCACUAUGUCAACAAAAUGGGCCCAUAUGUCAACAACAUCCCUUUGUUGACUCGGACUUUCCAAAGCAGCCUGGAAGGAGCAGCUCUUCGUUGGUACCUAGACUCGAAUGCAGAUAAAAUUGAAAGGUGGGAAGAAUUGGCUAAGUUGUUCGUAGAUCAUUACCAGUAUAACACCGAAAUGGCUCCAACACGUGAUGCUCUAUCACGAACGGAAAAGAAGAGGGAUGAAACAUUUCGGGCAUUCGCCCGGAGAUGGCGUGCGCUAGCGGCGGAAGUCCGCCCACCCCUUGAAGAAAGUGAAUUGCUGGACCAUUUCUUAAAGGCACUUCCUAACGAAUUUUAUCACAAGCUCGUUUGUUCAUGGUGUCAAAACUUCCCACAACUAGUUGCGGUAGGCGAACGAAUCGAGAGUGGUAUGCAUUCGGGGAGAAUUGUGGAAGGGGCAAGCCGAAGGCCUAUGGCGAAGAAGGAGAAAGAAAUGGAAAUCGCAUUUGUGCAGAAUCCUCCUACGGUGGAACGACUACCGGCGGCCUCGUCGGGUUCCUCGACCCCUUAUUACAAGGGUUAUCAAAAUAGCCAGCCCGGAAAGAUGAAGUCAUUUACCCCACUCCCCACUGCCUCGUCUCGGCUCUUGCCAAUAUUGCUGGAAAAACGUCUUGUAGCCAAAGAAGUCGCCCGAGAUCCUCUCCCGAAUUAUUUCGGAUUUGACCCAUCAAAGUCCUGCAUAUACCAUAUGGGCGAGAAAGGGCAUGACGUUGACAACCGCUUUGUCCUCAAGCUUAAGAUCCAAAAUCUGCUAGAUAGAAAAAUACUUUCGUUUAAAAAUUCUGAACCCAACAUCCAGCAAAACCCCUUGCCAGCACAUCCUCGAAAUGUUGGGAUGGUACUUGAAGAUGAAGAUCCUUCUAGCCGGAAGUUACGAGUAAACAUUUCUCGAUUAUAUGAAACCCCGGUGAUAGCUGGACAUUACGGUGCGAAAGAUGUUACAAUCCACGAGAAAUGA